ACCAAACUCAUUUCCCCAAAACAAACAAAAAAAUGCUGAAUGCACUUAGAAAGUCUAACCUGACCCUUGUCAUUUUUAUCUGCUCUAUCCUGAUAGCUUCAAGGCUAUGUUAUGGGGACUCCUUUGUGUACGACCCAAGCAAAACCUUGAGGGAACGAUUCAAGAAGUGGCUUCAAACCCAUAGCAUCUUAUAUGGAGGAAAAGAGGAGUGGAUGCUACGGUUUGGGAUAUACCAAUCUAAUCUCCAGCUAAUAGACUACAUCAACUCUCUCCACUUGCCCUUUAAGUUAACAGACAACAGAUUUGCAGACAUGACCAAUGCUGAGUUUAAGGCCCAUUUUCUCGGUUUGAACACGUCUACCUUGAGGUUAAACACGGACCAAAGGCCGGUUUGCGACGCAGUAGGAAAUGUGCCAGCCUCUGUGGACUGGAGAAAAGAAGGUGCUGUGACUCCUGUUAGAAACCAAGGAAAAUGCGGAGGUUGUUGGGCAUUCGCUACAGUGGCAGCUAUUGAAGGCAUCAACAAGAUAAAGACAGGGAACUUAGUAUCUCUCUCAGAGCAACAGCUCAUAGACUGUGACAUCAGCGCUUUUAACAAAGGAUGUAGCGGUGGAUUACUGACAACAGCAUAUGAAUACCUCAUACCCAAUGGCGGAAUAGUCACCGAGGCUGACUAUCCAUACACAGCUAUACAGGGAACUUGCGACCAAGAGAAGUCUCAAAACAAGGUAGUUACUAUACAAGGGUACACAAAGGUGGAACAAAACGAGGAGAGUUUACAAGCAGCAACUGCUCAACAGCCAGUUUCAGUUGGAAUAGAUGCUGGUGGUUUUAUCUUUCAGCUAUACUCUUCUGGUGUGUUCACAGGGUUUUGUGGAAAUCAUCUUAACCAUGGAGUGACUGUUGUUGGAUAUGGAGAAGAAGAUGGUCAAAAGUACUGGAUUGUAAAGAAUUCAUGGGGAACUGGUUGGGGUGAACAGGGAUAUGUAAGGAUGGAACGUGGUUAUAGUGAAGAGACGGGUAAAUGUGGUAUUGCUAUGCUUGCAAGCUAUCCCACAAAGUGAGUCCAAGAAUCUCUAGAAGCUUUAUAGAGCAUUUUCCCCUAUUUAUGAUAAUAUGCAAUAGCGCAGAUAAAAAUAAUUAUGACUGUGCAAAUAAAGUACAUAGAGAUACUUGAGAACAAAGGUAUUGUCAACAUGAUUUCAAAGAUAAAGAUGAGAUUAUAUAAUAUAAACAUGUGUUAAGCACAUAAGAUUCA